AUGACCCUCUACGCUACACUUGCUUGUGGCUUCAAAGUCAGCACUCACAUCUACCUUGGUCAGGAACUGGUCAACGACCUCAAAACCUGUUCACAAAAGAAUGGCUUUGCCUGCGUCAACAUCAUCAACAACGACGGCCAGCUGCAUCCCACGCGAAUUCGCAGUGCGGUAGCAGAAGCCAUCACUGGAAACGAAAAGACUUUUCUGACGGGAACCCUUGGGGCCGACGCCUUUGCCGAUAUCCUCAGCGGGCAGCUCAUCACACACCCGGGGCUUUUCAACCAAGACGACGGCACCGUCACAGGAUUCGGCACCGGCGAUUGGGUUGAUCACCUUAUCCGGAAUGCCCAGUCUGCCGAGGAGCUGGCUUUUGCCAUGGGCUUUGCGGGCCACGCAGCGGCCGACGUCUUUGCUCACUCUUAUGUGAACCAGUUUGCCGGUGACGUCUACGAACUCACUGAUGGCGAGGUCGACGUCGAAACUCGCCACAUGAUGGUCGAGACUUAUAUUUCCGAGCACAACCCACGCCUUAAAGACCACAACGGCCAGGAACUGGGUAUGAUGUACCAAUACCUCGGCGGGGGUGCAAAGGUUUAUGCUCCCAUUGACUUUGUCCGCCGUACUCUUGUCGCAAAGGAUGUGGCCAACCAAGAGUUGGGCCGUAAUAAGGGUGGUGCCCUGCUUCGAGGCCUGAACAAGAUCACAACCGAAUUAACAAACUCCCUUUCCAAGAAAGACUAUCCCUUUGACCUCAAAGCCACUGUCCAGAAAUAUAUGGCUUCAUCCUUACCAAUGAAGCCUUUGACGGAAUGGUUAGCCCAAACGCGCCGAGACCUCGAAGGCGCGGGCAUAGUUCAACAGCUCGAAAUCAUUAUCCUUCAAGCAGUAGCCUACUACUGGGCCGGCGUGCAGGUCGAUGCGAACGAAGCUGCCCUGGCUGCCGAACUUAGCAACAAGCUCAGCAAGCUCCUCGGCAAGUCGGGUCGAGAGAUUAUCAAUGCCAAGGACGAGAUCGACGGCCUCAUGAAAAAAGUUAUUGAGAGCCACAAUCAACAAGUCCUCGCCGGAAUUGAAGCCCUUCAAGGCUUUCACAAACACUUGGCAAACGGCUUUAAAAACUACCUCGUGGCCGAACAAUUCGUGGCGGAUUUUGGACGAAAAGUCACAGAGACAAAAGACGUAUAUGAAAAUCUAUUGGCCCAAAAAACCUGUACUGUUAUACAACAAUGCCGAGACAUUGUCGAGGUGAUUCAGCAUUCCGAGUUUGUUGCAAAGACGUGUGAGGAAACGAAACGAGAGGUCAAUCGAGUCUGCAAGGUAGUCUCCGUAGGGUUCGCCCCGCAUUGCCGAGUCUUCAAAAAACUGGGAAUCAAGCAUUGCAAGAACGUCGAGCAAUUCCAAAACCGCUGCGAAGACCAGGUCAAAGAUGUGACGCGUAAAUGGGACUGCAGUUUUGUCAAAAAGCGGACCGAGACGUUGACCAAACCUGACUUGGCCUGUCAAGCCGCAAGGGAUGCUUGCCAAGUGACGUUGCAAGUCUUGCGGGCAAAACAACAAGUCGCCAACAACGCACACAAUGAAGCCGUCCGCAUCCAUACAGGCACACUGGAGACGCUGGCCAAGGAAGACAAGAUUGUCCAGGCUUCGCUCAAGGCCUUCUACGACGCGACUGUCCACCUCCAAUCCAUCGAGCGACAAGCGCGACUGACGGUCCAAAGCUUCGCGAGUAACCAGCUAGAGCUCGUACGAAAGUCCCUCCUCGAUCUCAGGGCCCACGUGGAAGAAUGGCGUCAUCAAUCGAUGGCUGCGACCAACGAUUGGAUUUCAGCAAACGCCCAGGCCAUGUUGAAUUCGGUCAGUGUAGACAAGGACAACGUAGGCGUCGCCGAACCCAUCAUGGACUGGAUGACAUGUCGCCUGCCAACCGUCGUCUUGCCUAUCCCUGUAGCGGCUACCGAGUCGAUUUGCGAACCCUUGAGACUAGUCAAGAGGAUUCACGGGGAAAUUGCCCGCAUCGAAAACGAUGUCAUCAAAUCCUUGGCAGAUGCUAAAUUCCCUUAUCUAAGCGACGUUGCGGCUGCCUUUCUCCGAUUCAAAGAGUCCGCGCCCUACAUCGCAAGCUCGCUUAUCCAGAACAUGGCAGAAGAGGCUGUUCCGAUGAAUCCCGAACCGGAUAUGAGCCUUUUGCAUCACGCAUUCACGAGCAAACAUAGCGAUGUGAAGAUGAAUAAACAGUUUGCUCAUGAUGGCACCACAAAACACCUCAUUACCUUUCCAGUCCAAAAACUCAAAGGCACCAUCAUCGACCACAUGCGUGUCGAUAUGGGCUUGACCGGCUCUGACAAUCACGAGCCUUUUGCAGUGCAAAACUUCAACCCAGCUCGCAAUGCUCUGCAGUUGAUGAAGCUCGCUCUGCUAGGGGGCAGCGAUCUCAAUGCCUUUUCGAAGGCGAUGAAUUAUGCAGGUCCACCACUUUUUGACGACAGCCUAACGAGCCUUCUUUCGCCUUGGUUAAGGUCGAUCGAUGGUAAUCACCAGUGGUUGCCUGUAGCUCCUGCGUAUCUGCGCAAGGAAGCUCUGGCAGAUGGGCAAUGGAAAAAUUCCUACUGCCCCAAAAAUCGUACUGAUGUUCGUCGUCGUUUUCAAAAAAAGCCUUUGCCCCUGUACAGCAACGAGGCUGCAAAGCGACUCGUUUUCGACCGCGUCUUCAAAGGGCCAUUAUCAAUCAGCUUGGAAAGUGACGCGGGUGGAUUUGCCGACCUACGUCCCCGGGACUACAUGUACAAGCCGACAUUCAACAACAGCUUUCCCGACAUCCAGCCCGUCGGCGUAAUCUGCCCCGGGGAGGGAGCGGCUCUGACCGGGGGUGAGUCGAGCACAAUGUACUACUACAAUAGUGAUACCUACGCUUUGGGAGUCGGCCAUGCGUGGGAUACCAACGGUUCAGAGCUUUUCAACACCAACUCUGAGCCUUUUGUCGGCUCCAUGCACCAGAGAGCCCUGAUCAAAUGUCGCAACUACUGGGGUGCUGUUUCCUAUAAUUUUGACACGGACUGGGGCGUCGACUUUGACUUUGGCAGAGCCCGUACGCUCAAGUUCAGCGCUGCAUCGAGAAGUGGUCCUCGUCAGCUAAUUGUACAACUCUAUGGCGAGAAGCAAGAGACUGCUAAACUUGCUGUUGAUGUUGAUCGCCUCUACAAUAUUUACGAGUUUGAAAUGGCUGAUUUUAAACAGCCAGGUUUUGAUUUUGACUUUUCUAAAGUCAAAGGCAUAAUAUUUGCAAUUUCUGAAGAGAAUUCUGAUGUUACAAUCGACAUUGAUUCAAUCCAAGUACAGAAAUAG